CGGCGCGCCAUACGAACGACGACGGGUCGCGCACUACGAGUAGGGCGCUGGUCGGCUCCGAAACCCCGAAGAGAAGGAAGAAGAAGAAGAAGAAGAUCGUGGAAGAGAGUGGAGGUGAACUCGCACCAACGAUUGAGGCCGAGGCGAUUUGACUUAGCCAGCGGCGAAUAAGAAGAAGGCGGAGGGUGCCCCAAACUGAGGAUUCACGAGAGAAGUUGAAUCCCGCAAAGUACGAAGGGAAACCAGAACAUUGUUGUUGAAAACAAGUAGAGGACGAAGCGAGGAAGAUGUCUUCAGCGGUUGCUAAAACCUCUAAGUACACGUACCGCUCUACUGGCGGUGCGGGUACUGCCGAUGUUAGCAUCGAAUACAGCGCCGACCUGAGCGCUCUCACCAGACUCGAGGACAAAAUCCGCCUGCUACAGGAUGACCUGGAGUCUGAGAGAGAGCUGCGUCAGAGGAUCGAACGCGAGCGCGCUGACUUAAGCGUGCAAGUCAUCCAAUUAUCCGAACGUCUCGAAGAAGCCGAGGGUGGCGCCGAAUCUCAAUUUGAGAUUAACAAGAAGAGGGACACGGAACUGGCUAAGUUGCGUAAACUACUCGAAGAUGUCCAUCUUGAGAGUGAGGAGACCGCACAUCUCUUACGCAAGAAGCAUCAGGAGGUCGUUGUCGACUUUCAGGAUCAAAUUGACCAGCUUUCGAAAGCACGUGCUAGAGCUGACAAGGAAAAGUCUAAAUUCCAGCAGGAAGUGUAUGAGCUCCUCGCUCAACUUGACAACGUUACUAAAGAAAAGUUGAUGUCAAUAAAAACAGUCGAGAAACUCGAGAUACACAUAUCUGAAUUGAAUGUGAAAAUUGAAGAAUUAAAUCGUACGAUUGUCGACAUCACCAGUCACAAAACUCGGUUGUCUCAAGAGAAUAUUGAAUUAGUCAAAGAGGUGCAAGAUCUCAAGGUCAACAUCGAAAAUGUUACCUACUUGAAGACGCAAAUCGCGGGUCAACUCGAAGAUGCCCGCCGUCGUCUUGAAGAUGAAGACCGUCGUCGCGCAUUGGUGGAAGCUUCUUUGCACCAGGUCGAGGUGGAAUUGGAGUCCGUUCGCGUCCAGCUGGAAGAAGAAUCUGAGGCGCGUUUGGAUAUCGAACGUCAAUUGGUCAGGGCUAAUGGAGAAGUCUCGGUGUGGAGAUCAAAGUUCGAGACCGAGGCUAACGCUCGUAUCGAAGAGGUGGAAGAACUUCGUCGCAAAUAUUCCGCUCGCAUCCAAGAACAGGAAGAACAAAUCGAGACUUUGCUUGUGAAGAUCAACAAUCUCGAGAAGCAGAAAUCGCGCUUGCAAUCCGAAGUGGAGGUUUUGAUCAUUGAUUUAGAGAAGGCCAAUGGAACUGCUCGUGAACUUCAAAAGCGUGUUGAACAUCUUGAGAAGGUCAACAUAGAAUUAAAGACUCGUUUGGAUGAAUCCCUCGCCAUGUAUGAGCAAAGCCAGCGUGAUCUCCGUAAUAAACAACAAGAACUGCAACGCGUAAAUGCCGAACUCGACAAGACCCGUGAAUUGAAAGAUCAAUUGGCCCGUGAGAACAAGAAACUUGGAGAUGAUCUUAACGACGCAAAGAAUCAAUUGGCUGACAUGAAUCGCAGACUUCAUGAAUUAGAACUGGAACUUCGCCGAUUGGAGAACGAACGCGAAGAAUUGGCUGCCGCCUAUAAGGAAGCUGAAGCAGGCCGGAAAAUUGAAGAGCAACGUUCUCAGAGGUUGUCAGCUGAAUUGAGCCAACUGCGUCACGAGUUCGAACGCCGCAUUGCUGAAAAGGACGAAGAGAUUGAAGCUAUUCGCAAACAGACCAGCAUCGAAAUCGAGCAGCUGAAUGCACGCGUGGUGGAAGCCGAGACGAGGCUGAAGACCGAGGUUCAGCGUAUAAAGAAGAAGCUGCAGAUCCAAAUCACCGAGCUCGAAUUGUCCUUGGACGUUGCCAACAAAAACAACAUUGAUUUGCAAAAGACCAUCAAGAAACAAUCUCUCACUUUGACCGAAUUGCAAGCUCAUUACGACGAAAUUCAGCGCCAGUUGCAAGUGACCCUGGACCAACUGGGCAUCAGUCAACGUCGUCUCCAAUCAUUGACGGCCGAGCUCGAAGAAAUCCGCGGCAAUUACGAAUCCGCCCUACGCGCGAAGAGGACUGUCGAGCAGCAAUACGAGGAAUCGGUUAGCCGUAUUAACGAGUUAACUACGAUCAACGUAAACAUCGCUUCGUCGAAGGCUAAACUGGAGCAAGAAUAUUCUACCUUAGCUGGAGAUUACGAAGAAGUCACUAAGGAAUUGAGAGUCAGCGAUGAGAGAUAUCAGAGAGUGCAGAAUGAACUCAAGCAUACCGUCGAAAUUCUUCAUGAGGAACAGGAGCGUAUUGUCAAGAUCGAGGCUAUCAAGAAGUCGCUGGAGAUCGAGGUGAAGAACUUGUCCGUGAGAUUGGAAGAGGUUGAGGCCAACGCCAUUGUUGGAGGCAAGCGUAUCAUUAGCAAGCUCGAAGCCAGGAUUCGCGACCUGGAACUUGAGUUGGACGAAGAAAAGCGCCGACAUGCCGAGACUGUGAAGAUCCUGCGUAAGAAGGAGCGCAACAUUAAGGAGGUAAUGAUUCAAGUUGAAGAGGAUUCGAAGAACAUCGCCUUGCUGCAGGAAUCGCUUGACAAAGCCUCCCAGAAGGUCAGCAUUUACAAGAGACAGCUGCAGGAGCAGGAAGGCAUGUCCCAACAGAGCGUCACCAGGGUCCGCCGAUUCCAAAGAGAGCUCGAGGCCGCGGAGGAUCGUGCCGAUACGGCGGAGAGCAAUUUGACCCUGAUCCGCGCCAAACACCGCAGUUUUGUCACCACUUCAACCGUGCCCGGUUCCCAGGUGUACCUCGUCCAGGAGACGAGGCAGGAUCUGUAAAAUAACCACCGUCACCCUUUACCACUUCGAGCGCCAUGUCGUCGUCUUUAUGAACGCACAUUGAACACCCUACGAAAAAAAAAGAAAAGAAAAGGAGACGCGACAUCAAUCAUCAAUAAAGAGGCCGAGAGAGAGUUUUCAACGGGCCGCACGGCAUGUUACUUUCGAGGGGUUAAAUUGGAGCAACCAGAAUACGCGCACCUAUAAACGUACGAAUAUCGAUGCCAGUACAGUGUUUACUGUCACGUAACGACCCGUCGUAAAUUCGAAAUUGCUUGGCCAACGAAAUGCGAUACAUCGCAACGAAACCGUUAAAAUGAAAGCAAAUUAUAAUAACACUCAUUAUCUAAUUUAAGAAAUUUACUCAAAGCAUCAAAAGCGUCAAAAUUAAGAAUCGAUACAUCUUUUAACGAAUAAAUAAAUAAAAUCUAACGAUCUUCUCAUCUUAAUUACGUGAAUGCAUAUAAUUAAACGUAAGGGCAGAGAAAACGGAUAAGAAAUACAAGAAGAGAACAUAUUACGCCAUUCUAUACGCGUAAUUGUAUUUAAAUGGAUAAUUUUAAUUCUAUUCUAUUACUAUAUAGAUAGGUAACUAUUGCCCAUAUACACAACUCUCACUGUACAACAUACACAAUAACCUGUGUCAACAUUUAAUUUAAUAAAUAAAGUGAAACACGUACGUACGAAAA